UAUGUGACUUUCCACUAUUGAUAAUAAUUUCCAGGCCUGACCUCCUUUUUCUGAGUGAUGUCCAAGGAAGGAAUAACACUGGAGAAUUUAGUAAGGAACCUGAAGAAAAUAAAUAACCUUGUACCUCCUCAACAGAGAGAUGGAGACCUUCCAACAUCAAGGAAGCGAAGGCAGGCUGGGGAGAAGAUCAUGUUCACUCUGGUCUCUGUCCCACAUGGAAACGACAUUGCCACCCUUUUUGAGCUGGAUGCCACCACUCUUCAGAGAGCUGACUGCCUGGUACCAAGGAACUCCUAUGUUCGGUUAAGGCAUUUAUGCACCAACACGUGGGUAACCAGCACUAGCAUUCCUAUAGACACAGAUGAAGAGAGGCCUGUUAUGUUAAAGAUUGGAACCUGCCAAACUAAAGAAGACAAGGAAGCAUUUGCCAUUGUGUCUGUCCCACUGUCUGAGGUCCGAGACUUAGACUUCGCCAACGAUGCAAACAAAGUGCUAGCGACCACAGUUAAAAAGCUGGAAAAUGGCUCGAUAACUCAGAAUGAAAGGAGGUUUGUAACAAAAUUGUUGGAAGACCUCAUCUUCUUUGUUGCUGAUGUGCCUAAUAAUGGUCAAGAGGUUCUGGAUGUGGUUGUCACCAGGCCCAACAGGGAGCGCCAGAAACUAAUGAGGGAACAGAACAUAUUGGCACAGGUAUUUGGCAUUCUGAAAGCACCCUUCAAGGAGAAAGCUGGAGAAGGCUCAAUGCUGAGGCUCGAAGACCUGGGGGACCAGCGCUAUGCACCCUAUAAGUACAUGCUGCGGCUGUGCUACCGUGUCCUGCGGCACUCUCAGCAGGACUACCGCAAAAACCAGGAGUACAUCGCUAAGAAUUUCUGUAUUAUGCAGUCCCAGAUUGGGUAUGAUAUCUUGGCAGAAGACACCAUCACAGCUUUGUUGCACAAUAACAGAAAACUCCUAGAGAAACACAUCACAGCAAAGGAAAUAGAGACGUUUGUCAGCCUGCUCAGGAGAAAUCGGGAGCCAAGGUUUUUGGAUUAUUUGUCAGAUCUGUGCGUGUCUAACACCACUGCUAUCCCAGUCACACAAGAACUCAUCUGUAAAUUUAUGUUGAGUCCUGGCAAUGCUGACAUUCUCAUUCAAACCAAGCUGGUCUCAAUGCAAGUGGACAACCCCAUGGAGAGUGUCAUCCUUUCUGAUGACAUUGACGAUGAGGAAGUUUGGCUCUACUGGAUUGACAGCAACAAGGAACCUCACGGCAAAGCCAUCAGGCACCUAGCUCAGGAAGCAAAGGAAGGCACCAAAGCUGACUUAGAAGUUCUUACCUAUUACAGGUACCAGCUAAACCUCUUUGCAAGAAUGUGCUUGGAUCGGCAGUAUCUGGCCAUCAACCAGAUUUCUACCCAGCUGUCUGUGGAUCUGAUCCUGCGGUGUGUGUCUGACGAGAGCCUGCCCUUUGACCUCAGGGCGUCCUUUUGUCGCCUUAUGCUCCACAUGCAUGUUGACCGUGAUCCCCAGGAGUCGGUGGUUCCUGUUCGCUAUGCUCGGCUCUGGACGGAAAUCCCCACAAAGAUCACCAUUCAUGAAUACGAUUCUAUCACAGACUCUUCCCGAAAUGAUAUGAAGAGGAAGUUUGCACUGACGAUGGAAUUCGUUGAGGAGUACUUGAAAGAAGUUGUCAAUCAGCCCUUUCCUUUUGGGGACAAAGAAAAAAAUAAACUCACAUUUGAGGUGGUUCACCUGGCUCGGAAUCUUAUUUACUUUGGAUUUUACAGUUUCAGUGAGUUAUUAAGGCUGACAAGAACUCUUCUGGCCAUCCUAGAUAUUGUCCAGGUCCCCAUGUCAUCAUAUUUUGAGAGAUUAAGCAAAUUUCAGGAAGGAGGAAACAACGUCAUGAGGACCAUCCAUGGGGUGGGGGAGAUGAUGACGCAGAUGGUGCUGAGCAGAGGCUCUGUCUUCCCCGUGAGUGUGCCUGAUGCGCAGCCCAGCAUCCACCCCAGCAAGACCGCCAGCCCCACCGAGCACGAAGACGUGACCGUGAUGGACACCAAACUGAAGAUCAUCGAGAUUCUGCAGUUCAUCCUGAGUGUCAGACUGGACUAUAGGAUCUCGUAUAUGUUGUCGAUAUACAAGAAGGAGUUUGGAGAGGAUAGUGCUGACACAUCUGUCAACGGCUCUCCAGAUUCUUUGCUACCAUCAGCCAUUGUUCCUGACAUAGAUGAAAUCGCAGCUCAAGCAGAAACCAUGUUUGCGGGAAGAAAGGAAAAAAACCCAGUCCAGCUGGAUGAUGAAGGAGGCAGGACCUUCCUGCGAGUCCUCAUUCACUUAAUCAUGCAUGACUACGCCCCUCUGCUGUCGGGAGCCCUGCAGCUCCUGUUCAAACACUUCAGUCAGAGAGCCGAGGUUUUACAAGCAUUUAAACAGGUGCAGUUACUGGUGUCCAAUCAAGACGUAGACAAUUACAAGCAAAUCAAGGCGGAUCUAGACCAGCUCCGACUAACUGUCGAAAAAUCCGAGUUGUGGGUGGAGAAAAGCAGCAGCUAUGAGAAUGGAGAGAUGGGUGAAAGCCAGGUGAAAGGUGGUGAUGAGCCAAGUGAGGAAUCAAACAUGUUAAGUCCAGUGCAAGAUGGAGCAAAGACACCACAGAUUGACAGCAAUAAAAGCAAUAACUACCGGAUUGUAAAGGAGAUUUUGAUUAGGCUAAGUAAACUCUGUGUGCAGAAUAAAAAGUGUCGGAACCAACAUCAGCGCCUGCUGAAGAACAUGGGGGCUCAUUCGGUGGUUCUGGAUCUUCUGCAGAUACCCUACGAGAAGAAUGAUGAGAAAAUGAAUGAAGUGAUGAAUCUAGCCCACACGUUCCUGCAGAAUUUCUGUCGGGGAAAUCCACAGAAUCAAGUUCUUCUUCAUAAACAUCUGAAUUUGUUUUUAACUCCUGGUCUCCUUGAGGCAGAGACCAUGCGGCAUAUCUUCAUGAACAACUUCCACCUGUGCAAUGAGAUCAGCGACAGGGUUGUGCAGCACUUCGUGCACUGCAUCGAGACACAUGGCCGCCACGUGCAGUACCUGCGGUUUUUGCAAACAAUCGUAAAAGCAGAUGGCAAAUACGUCAAGAAAUGCCAGGAUAUGGUCAUGACAGAGGUUUGCAACACUACUACAGACAGGAAACACGCAGACAUCUUCCUGGAGAAGUGUGUCACUGAGUCAGUCAUGAACAUUGUGAGCGGCUUCUUCAACUCACCCUUUUCAGACAACAGUACCAGUCUCCAGACACAUCAGCCAGUUUUCAUCCAGCUGCUGCAGUCUGCCUUCAGAAUUUACAACUGCACCUGGCCGAACCCCGCACAGAAGGCCUCAGUGGAGUCUUGUAUCAGAACCUUGGCAGAAGUGGCAAAAAAUCGUGGAAUUGCCAUUCCAGUGGAUUUGGAUAGCCAAGUCAAUACCCUUUUCAUGAAGAGCCAUUCGAAUAUGGUGCAGAGGGCUGCCAUGGGUUGGAGACUCUCGGCUCGCUCUGGACCUCGAUUUAAGGAAGCUCUUGGAGGGCCUGCUUGGGAUUAUAGAAAUAUUAUUGAAAAGUUACAGGAUGUCGUGGCCUCUUUGGAGCAGCAGUUCAGCCCGAUGAUGCAAGCUGAGUUCUCAGUGCUGGUUGAUGUAUUGUACAGUCCGGAACUGCUGUUCCCCGAGGGAAGCGACGCGAGAAUAAGAUGUGGUGCUUUCAUGUCCAAGUUGAUUAAUCAUACAAAGAAACUAAUGGAGAAAGAAGAAAAACUGUGCAUUAAAAUUCUUCAGACCUUACGAGAAAUGCUAGAGAAGAAAGACAGCUUUGUGGAAGAGGGUAGCACAUUGCGAAAAAUACUCCUGAAUCGAUACUUUAAAGGUGAUUAUGCUGGUGUGAGUGGCCACCUGUCAGGAACGUACUCCAAAUCUGCACAAGUGGGAGGAAGCUUUUCUGGACAGGAGACGGAUAAGCUGGGGAUUUCAAUGUCUGACAUUCAGUGUCUGCUGGACAAGGAAGGCGCGUCAGAGCUCGUCAUCGAUGUUAUAGUGAACACCAAAAACGACCGGAUUUUUUCAGAAAGCAUUCUCCUUGGCAUUGCCUUGCUGGAAGGAGGAAACACACAAACACAGUAUUCUUUCUAUCAGCAGUUACAUGCAAAAAAGUCAGAAAAAUUCUUCAAAGUUCUCUAUGAUCGAAUGAAGGCUGCUCAGAAAGAGAUACGGUCAACGGUGACAGUUAACACUGUAGAUUUAGGGAGCAGAAAAAGAGACGAGGACAGCGAACUCAUGACAUCUGCACCACGAAUGAGAGCAAGAGAUUGUCCACUACAUUUAAAAGAGGGAAUGAAGGGGCAGCUGACAGAAGCUACCUCGGCAACAUCCAAAGCGUACUGUGUGUACAGAAGAGAGAUGGAUCCCGAAGUCGACCUCGUGUGUGCAGGACCAGAAGUGGGCAGUGCGGAGGAACGCACUGCGGAGGAAGUGACCGUGAGUCCUACCAUCUCCAUCAUGCAGCCCAUCCUGAGGUUUCUCCAGCUACUGUGUGAGAACCAUAACCGGGAGCUGCAGAACUUCUUAAGGAGUCAAAACAACAAAACAAAUUACAACCUUGUGUGUGAGACCCUUCAGUUUCUGGACUGCAUCUGUGGGAGUACAACAGGCGGCCUGGGCCUGCUGGGGCUGUACAUCAAUGAGAAGAAUGUGGCGUUGGUCAUCCAGACCCUGGAGAGCUUGACUGAGUACUGCCAGGGCCCGUGCCAUGAAAAUCAGAGCUGUAUUGCUACUCAUGAAUCUAAUGGGAUUGAUAUCAUCAUUGCUUUGAUUCUAAAUGACAUAAACCCUCUUGGUAAAUACCGAAUGGACCUCGUUCUCCAGCUAAAGAACAAUGCCUCCAAGCUGUUGCUAGCCAUCAUGGAAAGCAGACAUGACAGCGAGAAUGCAGAGAGGAUUCUUUUCAACAUGAGACCCAGGGAACUGGUGGACGUGAUGAAGAAUGCCUACAACCAAGGCUUAGAAUGUGACCAUGGAGAGGAGGAGGGUGGAGAUGAUGGUGUCUCUCCGAAGGACGUUGGACAUAACAUCUACAUUCUGGCCCACCAGCUGGCCCGCCACAAUAAGCUGCUGCAGCAGAUUCUUAAACCAGGGUUAGAUCCAGACGAAGGUGACGAAGCCUUAAAAUAUUACGCCAACCACACCGCACAGAUUGAGAUUGUCCGGCAUGACAGGACUAUGGAGCAAAUCGUCUUUCCAGUCCCCAACAUCUGUGAAUUCCUCACUCGAGAGUCCAAGUGCCGUGUGUUCAACACAACGGAGAGGGAUGAACAAGGGAGCAAAGUGAAUGACUUUUUCCAGCAGACAGAAGAUCUCUACAAUGAAAUGAAGUGGCAAAAGAAGAUCAGAAGCAACCCGGCCCUGUUCUGGUUCUCAAGGCACAUCUCACUCUGGGGCAGCGUUUCCUUCAACCUGGCCGUGUUCAUCAACCUAGCCGUUGCUCUCUUCUACCCAUUUGGGGACGAUGGCGAUGAAGGCACACUCUCUCCAACGUUCUCAGCCCUUCUGUGGAUAGCGGUUGUGAUCUGCACCUCUAUGCUAUUCUUCUUCUCCAAGCCUGUGGGUAUUCGGCCAUUCCUCGUGUCCAUAAUGCUCAGAUCUAUAUACACCAUAGGUCUUGGGCCUACAUUAAUACUUCUUGGUGCUGCCAAUCUUUGUAACAAAAUCGUAUUUCUGGUGAGUUUUGUUGGGAACCGAGGCACGUUCACCCGUGGGUACCGAGCGGUGGUCCUGGACAUGGCCUUCCUCUACCAUGUGGCGUACGUCCUGGUGUGCACACUUGGCCUCUUCGUCCACGAGUUCUUCUACAGCUUCCUGCUUUUUGAUUUGGUGUACAGAGAGGAGACUCUGCUCAAUGUCAUAAAAAGCGUCACACGGAAUGGCCGCUCUAUUAUUCUAACUGCCGUCCUGGCUCUCAUCCUGGUUUACCUGUUUUCCAUUAUCGGGUUCCUGUUUUUGAAAGAUGACUUCACAAUGGAAGUGGACAGGCUGAAAAACAGAACUCCAGCGACAGGUAACCAUGGAGUUCCUACUAUGACCUUGCCUUCCAUGAUCGGAGCUUGCACAAAGGAGAACUGCUCACCCACCAUACCAGCAAAUGCAGCUGAGGACAAGAAUGAGGAUGGUAUUGAGAGGACGUGUGACACCUUGCUCAUGUGCAUCGUCACUGUGCUGAACCAGGGCCUCAGGAACGGCGGUGGCGUGGGGGACGUGCUGAGAAGGCCAUCGAAAGAUGAACCCUUGUUUGCUGCCCGGGUGGUUUAUGACCUUCUUUUCUUUUUCAUCGUUAUCAUCAUCGUUCUUAACUUGAUUUUUGGUGUUAUCAUUGAUACCUUUGCUGAUCUCAGAAGUGAAAAACAAAAAAAAGAAGAAAUUCUUAAGACAACUUGUUUUAUCUGUGGACUUGAGAGGGACAAGUUUGAUAAUAAAACGGUUUCCUUUGAGGAGCAUAUAAAAUCAGAACACAAUAUGUGGCAUUAUCUAUACUUCAUUGUCCUUGUGAAAGUUAAAGACCCGACAGAAUACACCGGACCUGAGAGUUACGUGGCUCAAAUGAUGGUGGAGAAGAAUCUGGACUGGUUUCCUCGUAUGCGGGCCAUGUCCCUCGUAAGCAAUGAAGGCGACAGUGAGCAAAAUGAGAUUCGGAGCCUACAGGAGAAGCUAGAAUCGACCAUGAGUCUGGUCAAGCAGCUGUCCGGCCAGCUGUCGGAGCUCAAGGAGCAGAUGACAGAACAAAGGAAGAACAAGCAGAGACUGGGCUUCCUGGGAUCAAACACCCCCCACGUGAAUAAUCACAUGCCACCACACUGAUACCAUGGGGGAGCCGUGACUAGCCCUGCACCAGCGCCCUGCCUCAGCACUGAAUAAAGGACGGCGAUGGAGGGGAGUGAACAGUGCCUAUUGUUGAAAAGUUAAAAACAACCAAGUGCCAAGAUGCUGAGUGGUUUAGCUCCCAGAACAAUCUGUGACUGUGUUUCCACGGCUGAGAAGACCCAAGCUGCAAAGCAGCCGUGGAAAGCACACAUCACGGUUCCCAGUGCAACAGGAGGCAGCCAGCACUGGGCCAGAGAGGGUGGGUGAGGCAGGGCAAGGCAGGGCAGAGAAAGCAACAACCCUCAACCCACAGGACCUGCCUGUCUUGAAUGCUGACUGCAGCCUCUGUCAUUCUUGGUUGGAAUUUAUUUCUUUUAAUUGUGCACAGGUCGUGAUACAGGAACUCACACUUUGGAGACUAAGUUUUGCUAAGAAAAAUAACUGAAAAGAUUAAAAAUGAGUCAAAAAGGAAAAUGUUAAUGCUUCCAAACUGUCACGGUCACUGGGCAAUUUCUUAAUCUAUAAAAGGAAUCACAGCAGACCUACAGCUCCAGGAAUGUACUGCUUAGGAGCUGCUGCCCCUCGCCCUGACCAUGUCACUGCCUGCUUGCUUCUUCUAAAAUGCACAUGGUUCUGUCAAUGCACAGCACAAAAGAAGGUUUUCAUGUAACUUGUUAAGAAUAUGUUUUAAGUCAUGUAUAGACUAAGAGUGUAAAAGCUGUGGGGGAAAAUACCUGACAGAAAUCCCCAGGAAGAAUUCUUUAAGUACAGAUAUUUGCUACCAAAGUACACUGAGAUUAAUAAGUGAGAACUCUUCAAGGUGAGCGGAAUACUGAGCUGUGAUGGUUGCCUUGUCUGUCUUACAAACAUGGGGUGAAGAGAACAUGAUCCAUCCUUGUUUUGCCUGAGAAACUGAGGGCUUUUAUUUAUCUUAUUGAGAAAAAAUCCAAGAAAUUUAUUAAAUACCCAAGAAACUGCUGCAUUUCAGUUACACGUGUGAAACUGUGACAGUCAGGGCUUUCGGUAUACAAGAAAAUCACAAUCUCUUCCCAAGUUGUUUUAUGUUGAAUCCUGCGAUCAGAAUUUGUUGAAGGAGAAAAUAACCUGGUUUGGUCAGGUUAUCUUUAGACACUAUCCAUUUGGGACAUUAGAGCAAAAGGUGGAUGAUAAAAGCACGAGGAGAAUGUCUUUGUGGCCAGGGACCAGAGGCACAACACUGGACUCUGAGAUUGGCUUUGAACUCAUGGUUAUUGCCACCAAGAGCUACACAGGGUUUGCUGUGACAAUUUUUAAAGCUUUUGGAUUGUCCUAAUAUAGAUUUAUCUGUCAGUUCCUAAAAUUGCCAAAUCAUGGUCUUUCUGCAUAUACAGGAAAACUCAGCCAGUCCUUCAGAUAGAAAUCCCCCAACUCACCAGGUCCUGACAUCCACCGCUCAGAAAUACUAAGAACCUUUGAACGUCAUGGGCAUGCAAUGAGUAUAUGAGAAGUUUGUCACUCAGUGAUCCUCAGUUCUUUAUUAAAACUUUAUGUCAUAUUUUAGUGCUGUCCCCAGAAUUAGACUAAAGCAGCCAUUGUUUUUUGUUUUGUUUUGUUUUAAAUCCCAGGCUAUCAUUGCUGGUAGCAAUAUUAGGUAGAACUUAAACUAUUUUAAUCAGGCAGUUUUGUGGGUGAGGAAAAGAAGAGAAAGAUUGAAAAAAUAAGCAUAUUCCCAUAUAGGAAACUGUCUGUACUCCAGUACAGAACGGAGUAUUUCUGAUGUCUGAAAAGUCCAGAGAAUGAAGUAAUGUGUACAGAUGUGAGCAACCCAUCUUUCCAGUGACAGACUAUCUGAUCUUGCUGACACCGUGAUAGCUCAUUCUAUAGAGGAUAAGUCACUGGGGACAGAAAUGUUGUCUGGAAGUGACUUAACAUCUCUAGCCAGUGUGCAGGCAGUAUUUGACAGCAUUUUUUUCCUGUGGGAAAAUGUUCCAAAGACAUUGCAACUGA